AGAGAGAGAAACCCAGAGCGAGAAGGGAAGAGGGAAAACUAGGCGUUUCCUUGUCUCUCCAUUUUCUUCCCCAAGCUUCAAACUUGAAGAAGCCAAAUUCAACAUCUGGACAAAUCUAGGGUUAGGGUUUCUGUGUUCAUUUCGUUGAUUCCACCAUGAAAUUCCUUCUCUCAUUUACUGGGAAUGCCACUCUUUACUAGUUUUUUCCCCUCAGAAUCCUCUCCAAAUGCUUUGAAUCAUCAUAUCUAGGUACAUAAUCGGGUGUUUGUUUUUGUCUGGUUGGGAGAUAGAUUGGUGGUUUCGUAUUUGAUGGAUGAGAUUUGGGAGAGAGCUGUGGAGACAGCGUUGAACGGGGAAAGGGACUAUGCGGCAACUCGAACCUUGACGCUAGACGGGGCGGUGAAGGCAGUGACCGGCCGGCUGCCUCCUACGAGUCUGCUGGAGAAGUUCGGGAACCUUCAGCAUCUGUCAAUAGCCAACAAUGGAGUUCCUUCUCUGGAACAUUUUCCGCGUCUUCGGAAUCUGCAGAAACUUAUCCUCUCCGACAAUCGAAUCGCUGGUGGCCUUGAGUAUCUUGUUGAAGCCGGCCUGGAAUCACUAAGGGACCUUGACCUGUCGAACAAUCGAAUCCAGUGUAUCGAAGAUCUUGCACCGCUUGCACAGCUAAAACUCGUAUCACUUGAUCUUUAUGAGUGUCCAGUGACCAGAGUGAAGGAUUAUCGAUCUAGGGUUUUUGGGUUGAUUAAAUCGCUGAAGUAUUUGGAUAAGAUGGAUGCUGAUGAGAACGAGAGACCGGAUUCAGAUGAGGAGGAGGAAGAGGAGGAAGAUGAGGAAGAGGAUGAGGAGGAUCCUGGCAACGAGGAAACUGAGGGUGAGGAUAGACGGUACAAAUUGAAUAAUGGCCAUAGUGAGGAGGCUGAAGGGAUUAUUGAGGUUAAUGACGAUGAAGAGAGUGAUGCAGAUGAGGAGAUUGACACUAGUAGACAGAGAAAUGGCUAUAGGCAUCAAGCAAAUGGCUUUCGGGUUGAGGAAGCAGGGAGGGAUGGAGGUGAGGACGAGGAGAGUGAUUCAGGUGAGGAGGUGGAUGACGACGACGAUGAUGAUGUUGUUGAGGUGUAUGAGGUUGAAGAUAGUGAUGAUGAUGAUGUUGAGGUUGAAGAGGAUGAUGAUGAGGAAGAGGUGGACAAUGAUGAGGGCGAAUUUGUUGAGCAGGGUAUUAAUGGGCAGUUGACAAGCACCGAAGGGGAAAUUGAUGGACAUGAGCAAGGGGAGGAGGAUGAAGAUGAUAUUGGGGAAACUGGAGAGGAAGAGCAGGGUGUUGAUGAUGGGGAGUUUGAAGGUGAAGAAGAGGGUGAAGAGGAGGAUGAUGACUCUGGUGAAGGGUACUUGAUUCAACCAGGGAGGCAGGAUGAAGAACAUGAUGCUGGAGGUAGUGAUAUGGACUCGGGGAAUGAAGAACAAGAUACAGAGGAGGAAGAAGUGGACAAUGAGGAUGAUGUUCAGGCCCUGCCUCCUCGAUCUCAUCAGAAGAGAAAGAGAAGUGAUGAUGAUGGAGAUGAGGAUGAAGAUGAAGAUGAAGAUGAAGAUGACGAGGAUGUUGUUGAUUACAGCAAGUCAUCCUAGAAGCAUUGCUAGCUGUUUUUGAUCUCGUAAAUUAAGAUGUUUUCUUAAUGCUUAAAGUUUGAAAACAAAGGAACUUCAUGGUAGUGGCAGUGAUGUUUAUGUGGACAAGCUUUAGUUGAAAGAAAUUGUAUAUUAAGUUCAAGAAGCCGUUGGUUGGUUGCUUCUCCCGCCUUAUAUUUCUUAUAUAGCCGUUUCUCUGUGUUAAUUCAAAUGACAGUUGCAAAGGGUUUACCGCCCUUAUUCCGCUUUCU